AUCUGGAAUCGUGCUCUGCUCCCCCCCCCAUCUCACCGAUCCCGCCCGCCGCCCAACACGCCAUGAGCACCAAGACCAAGGCUCCGACAAAGUCCAGCACCAAGAUCAAGCUCAAAAACCUCAAGCGAGUCGAGGAAAAGGAGAAGGAACAUGAGCCGCCGAUCGAGGAGCAUUUCAUCCUGCGCAUGGCGCCUGGUCCCGACAACGAUGCGCUGCGAGAGGCCGUCAGGUCCCGCGAGCCCCUGGACGACCUAUCGUUUCGGUUCCAUGACAGUCGGCGGACGACGCUUCAAUAUCGAGGCAACCGAUACAGCGCCAAGCUGGUCGAUCUGCCAUGCAUCAUCGAGUCGCAGAAGACGCUGGAUAGCAAGCAGUUCUACAAAGUUGCAGACAUCUGUCAGAUGCUUGUUGUUGACGGCCCCGAGAAGGCCGACCCAGUUACAAUCCGAAACACACCCUUAAACCACGACGACUACAUCUGGCCCGAUGGCCUGACACCGCCGCUCAAGAACUGCCGAAAGCGACGUUUCCGGAAGCGCAUAUCCAAGCGAGCCAUUGAAAAAGUCGAGAGAGAAGUUGAGCGGCUACUGCAGGCCGAUGCCGAUGCCGACGACGUGCAUUAUGAGAUCUGCGAUGCCACACCCGACAUCUUUGAAAACCCCGAGGACGAGGCUGACGUCGGGUACGGCAGCGACAUCGAUCAGGACGAAGGCCACGAGCCUGCAGAUCGAGAUAUGAGCGAUGAGGAUGUCGACGACAUAAUUGCCGAGGCACUGGAUGCGGACGACGGCGACAUGGAGCUGGACGAGCAGGAAAAGGAAGAAGACGAUGACGAUGAAAGCUCCCAGAGCGACAGCGACGGUGAUAGCGACGAGUCCGACGACGGAGAGCCAGACGAGGCAUCACAACGCCGCCACCAAGUGAUUCAGCUCCAGGAGGAGCUGUCGGAUUUCAACGCCAAACUCUCGGAGAAGAAGCUCGAGAUAUCAAGGACGGUCAAUCCAAUCAUGAAGAAACGUCUGGAAGAAAUCGUGCGCAAGCUCGAGCAGGAGAUACGUAUCAAGAACGACCAGCUGGAGGGCGCCAGAUCAAAAUAGAGCUGGCAUCGACUGCACGUCGUGAGCAAUGUGGCUCCAUCGACUGCACCAUGACGCUUGAUCGCCCAAGACGAGCUUGGCGGCGGUGCCUGGUGGAAACACUGCAGUUCGAUGAUCCAAACGAGAUUACAUCUCCCAUUGAUGACUGCUGCCCCCCCCCGA